AUGCAGUUCAAGAGUCUCCUCGUCUCCGCCCUUGCGGCUGCUUCCACCGCUUUUGCCCAGCGUUCUUGCGGUACCCCAUCCCCGACCGAGGAGCAGAUCGAGGUUGCCCAGCGCCUUCAGUUCAAGGAGGAGAACGCUCGUGUUGAGGGUAACGCCACUCGCCUUGGCCCUAUCACGGUCAAUGUCUACUGGCACGUCAUCGCUACUUCCAACUCGGUCAGCGGUGGUUAUCUUACCCAGGCCACCCUUGACGCUCAGCUGGAUGUCCUCAACGAGGCCUACGCCCCCCACGAUGUGUCUUUCGCACAGGCUGGUGCAGACUGGACCGUCAACCGCCAAUGGGCUUCCGACACCGCUGAGCUCGCCAUGAAGAAAUCGCUCCGCAAGGGUACUUAUGCCGACCUGAACGUCUACUUCCUUCCCGGCACCCCCUACCUCGGAUACGCCUACUUCCCCACAACUGUCACAACCGGUUCCAAUGCUUUCUACUACGACGGUGUUGUCAUCCUCUCCACAUCGGUCCCCGGUGGCAGCCUGUCCCAGUACAACCUCGGACAUACCGCGACCCAUGAGGUCGGCCAUUGGCUUGGACUCUACCACACAUUCGAGGGAUACCAGUGCGGCGGUGACGGUGACUAUGUCUCUGACACCCCUUUCGAGGCUGAGGAGGCCUACAACUGCGAGAUCGGCCGUGAUACCUGCCCCAACCUGGCCGGCACCGACCCUGUCACCAACUACAUGGACUACUCUGACGACGACUGCUUCACUCACUUCACCGCUGGUCAGGAUACUCGCAUGCACAGCUACUGGGAUACCUACCGCGCUUCUUACCAGUAA